AGUGUGUUUGACGUAAUGAUACCAUAACAGAGUAACCCGAAAACCGAUGAGGGUAGCCUUGCUAUAUUUUUCGUUAAAAAAAGGCCAGGGCUCUUUCAAGGAAUCACUUGAGAAAUCGAAGUUGAAGAAGCCUGCUAGUUCGCAUCACAAUCGUGAAUCGCAGGGUCAUCGAGGGAUAUUAGGACAUUUUUGAAUUUCAGAUGGGUUCGAACUGUCUCUGUUGUAGCUAUUUACGGAGUUGGGGAAGGUCUUUAUGCCAUUUUAUCCUAUCACAAGAGGAAGGAGUGCGACGUAAACGCCGUUUGAUUUGGGGAGUGAUCGUUUUGCUUAUUGUGGAUGUGAUUUGGGUCGGCUCAGCAGAGUUGACUGAUUUUAUCUUCAAAAGUGAAGGAUUUAACAAGCCCUUUUUCACCACAUAUGUCAAGACGUCAUCUUUUAUGGUCUAUCUCACUGGAUUCCUUUUUUAUGAGCCUUGGAGAAUACAUUGUAAAAACUGUAAUGACACAACUAAUAACGAGCCAACUUUUGAGCAAAUGACAGAUGAUGAGCGCACCAGCGGAGUUGAUAUGGUUUCUAGUAAUUCAUAUGAAAUAAUUUCAAAGCCUAGAAAAGUAACCUUCAACAGUGUGAGAGAGGUGCGUCGGUUAGCAGACCAUGUUGGGGAACAGGCCUGGAGUGCACGACGGCCAUAUCAGGCUUCACAAUUACCAAGCCAUAAGUUGCCUCUUAGGAAAGUGGCUAAAGUGGCUUUAAUCUUUUGCUUUUUGUGGUUCAGUGCUAACUGCAGUUACCAAGUGGCCAUUUCCAACACAUCGCCAGCUGCUGUCAAUAUUUUGUCCUCUUCAUCAGGACUCUUUACACUCAUUUUAGCAUCUAUAUUCCAGAGUUCAACUUCUGACAAAUUUUCAGUGACAAAGCUUGUUGCUGUUCUAAUGAGUGUUACUGGUAUUGUGCUGGUUACACUAGCAGACUCGAGAAAAAAAGGGGAUGGAAUCAGUGUUGGAGCAUUAUGGGCCUUGGCCAGUGCAUUCUUGUAUGCUUGUUAUUUAACAAUGAUAAAACAUAAGGUUCCCAAUCAGAAGCAGAUGGACAUUCCCAUGUUCUUUGGUCUCGUUGGAUUGUUUAAUUUCAUUCUUCUGUGGCCUGGAUUUUUCAUCCUCAACUAUUGGAAAGUUGAGCAAUUUAAGCUUCCUCCAGAGCCAACUGUUUGGGGCUAUAUUACUUUGAAUGCCCUCAUUGGAACAGUUCUGUCAGAAGCCUUGUGGCUUUGGGGCUGUUACUUGACGUCAUCAUUAACAGCUACACUUUCUUUGGUUUUGAUCUUACCACUGACCAUGAUCGUUGACGUGUUCAUGAAGAGAGUCCAUUUCUCAUGGAUGUUCUUUUUGGGCACUAUACCGGUUUUUUUGUCAUUUUUCGCUGUGAGCUUUUUAACCCAUUACGGAGAUUGGGACCCAAUCUGGAUUGGAGUGAAGAAACUCGCCAAUAGCCAGAGGCAGCUUGUUAUUGGGAGAUUGGAUGCAGAACAAACAGAGAGCUUGAGAAACGCUUCUGUUCAUGGAGAAGAGACCACAACAGAGGGGAUGACUUAGAGACCUAAAGA